GAGGGAGGGAGAGGAGUGUGCGCGCUCAGGCAGGACAGGAGGGCGCGCGGGACAUCAGCACACCGGCCGGGUCAAGAAGCUGCAAGGAUGGAGAUCCGACCAGACAGGUUUAAGGCGGCCGCUGCCAAAACUCUGGGGAAAAUUAACAGGCUGAUCGACAAGCGACAGGCAAAUGGAGAAACCAUCGAGUUAUCGGCAGAGGGCCGUCCUGAGCUGGUGGAGGAGAAGGAGAUGCCGGUGGUGGACUGCACCUGCUUCGGCCUGCCGAGGCGGUACAUCAUCGCCAUCCUGUCCGGCCUGGGGUUCUGCAUCUCUUUUGGCAUCCGGUGCAACCUGGGGGUGGCCAUCGUGAGCAUGGUCAACGACCACACGGUCUACAGAGGCAACAAGGAAGUGCUUGUGGCAGCACAGUUCACCUGGGACCCUGAGACAGUGGGGAUGAUCCACGGCUCCUUCUUCUGGGGUUACAUCGUCACACAGAUCCCGGGCGGCUUUAUAUGUCAAAAAUUUGCAGCCAACAGAGUUUUUGGCUUUGCCAUAGUGGCCACAUCCACCCUCAACAUGCUGAUCCCGUCUGCUGCUCGCUGCCACUACAGCUGCGUCAUACUGGUCAGGAUAUGCCAGGGCCUUGUUGAGGGUGUAUCGUACCCAGCCUGCCACGGGAUCUGGGCCAAAUGGGCGCCUCCUCUGGAGAGGAGUCGAUUAGCCACAACAGCCUUUUGUGGAUCCUAUGCGGGGGCAGUGGUGGCCAUGCCUCUAGCUGGGAUACUGGUGCAAUACACGGGGUGGCCUUCAGUAUUUUAUGUCUAUGGCAGCUUUGGGAUAUUCUGGUACUUGUUUUGGAUCCUGGUGUCUUAUGAGAGUCCCGCAGCCCACCCCACGAUCACACCAGAGGAGAGAAAGUACAUUGAAGAUGCGAUCGGAGAAUCUGCAGGGUUUCUAAAUCCUCUCCAAAAAUUUAAAACUCCAUGGAAACACUUCUUCACCUCCAUGCCGGUCUACGCCAUCAUCGUGGCCAACUUCUGCAGGAGCUGGACCUUCUACCUGCUGCUCAUCAGCCAGCCAGCAUACUUUGAGGAAGUCUUCGGAUUUGAGAUCAGCAAGGUGGGGAUGGUGUCAGCUUUGCCUCACCUGGUGAUGACCAUCAUCGUGCCUAUCGGGGGCCAGUUGGCUGACUACCUGAGGACCCAUAACCUGAUGAGCACCACCAACGUCAGGAAAAUGAUGAACUGUGGAGGUUUCGGGAUGGAGGCCACGCUCCUGCUGGUGGUGGGAUACUCGCACUCUAAAGGCAUGGCCAUUUCCUUCCUGGUCCUCGCUGUGGGCUUCAGUGGGUUCGCUAUCUCAGGGUUUAAUGUCAACCACUUGGAUAUCGCCCCUCGAUACGCCAGCAUCCUGAUGGGCAUCUCAAACGGGGUGGGGACGUUAUCUGGAAUGGUUUGUCCCCUCAUAGUGGGAGCCAUGACCAAACACAAGACACGUGAGGAGUGGCAGGGCGUCUUCCUCAUAGCGUCUGUCGUUCAUUACGGAGGAGUCAUUUUUUAUGGACUCUUUGCGUCAGGAGAGAAGCAGCCGUGGGCCGACAUAGAGGACACCAGCGAGGAGAAGUGCGGCAUCAUCGACGAGGACGAGCUGGCCAAUGAGACAGAGGAGAUCUACCGCGGUGGCGGACAGUACGGGGCCAUGAGCCAACCGGUUGUCGGCUCAAACGGAGGAGGAGGAGGAGGUGCAGGAGGAGGCGGAGGAGGAGGAGGAGGAGGAGGAGGGGCCGGCGCUGGAUGGGUGUCGGACUGGGAUAAGUCUGAGGAGUAUGUUCAACCACCUGGAUACAACUCCUACAUGUACGGAGGAGGAGAGGAGAGGGAGCUGACAUAGAAAACUGACGUGACACGAGUUUAUAAAAAACAAGAUAACAUAAGAAGGAAGAUUGUUUUAUGGAGAGGGAUUGUAAGAGAGCUCCUGCUGUACUCAACGGACCUGCUGUGUGCUUCUGUACAAAUCUUUACAGUCACACAUAUCAAAAGUUUGGAUCUGAUUCAUUCCUGUCUAUGUGUGUGUGUGUGUGUGUUGGUAUAUGUGUGUGUGUGUGUGUGUGUUGGUAUAUGUGUGUGUGUGUGCGUGUGUGUGUGUGUAGGCAUGUGCAUGCAUGAGUAGGAGUUCUUCAUGAACACAAACACAUUCAGUAUUCAUCGCAAAAACUGAACUCAUUUCCCAGACUUCCUUCCUGCUCUCGAGCUGUUUCCACAACAUCACUGAGGAGUGUGUGUGUGUGUGUGUGUGUGUGUACAUUUUGCUUUUACAGCAGCUAUUUCAAGCCGCUGGCAUUGUGUUGUACUAAAA